CUGGGUCCUUCUGCGAUCCAACGGGGUCCUUGUUGCCUGGUGUCAUUCCUAAGCAGCCUGUUCGCGCGAGAGUAGAUGGCCGGGUUUAGAGUCAGUCUCUGGAGAGGGGCUUGAACCGCAGUGAAUCGGAGCCCUGCUUAGGCACACUCUUAGGGCGCCUGAAGCCGUUCAGGCGGUCGCCGGGACACCCCGUGCCUGAAAAGCGCCGGAGAGCCGUGGAGAAGCCGGACGGCCCUUCUCGCCCGCAGCCAGGCGCUAGGGUCUGGAGCUAAGGGAGAGACCGAUCGACUUCCAGUGCCUGGGCCACCGCGGCGGCCCUGGGAGCAGAGGUGGAGCAACCCCAUUACAUUAAAGAUGAAAGGCUGGGGUUGGCUGGCCCUGCUUCUGGGGGCCCUGCUGGGAACUGCUUGGGCUCGAAGGAGCCAGGAUCUACAUUGUGGAGCUUGCAGGGCUCUGGUGGAUGAACUGGAGUGGGAAAUUGCCCAGGUGGAUCCCAAGAAGACCAUUCAGAUGGGCUCUUUCCGAAUCAAUCCAGAUGGCAGCCAGUCAGUGGUGGAGGUGCCUUAUGCUCGCUCAGAGGCCCACCUCACAGAGCUGCUAGAGGAAGUAUGUGACCGGAUGAAGGAGUACGGAGAACAGAUCGACCCUUCCACCCACCGCAAGAAUUACAUACGUGUAGUGAGCCGAAAUGGAGAACCGAGUAAACUCGAUCUACAGGGCAUCCGAAUUGAUUCAGACAUCAGUGGCACCCUCAAAUUUGUGUGUGAGAGCAUUGUGGAGGAAUACGAGGAUGAACUCAUUGAAUUCUUUUCCCGAGAGGCUGACAAUGUUAAAGACAAACUUUGUAGUAAGAGAACAGAUCUGUGUGACCAUGCCCUGCACAUAUCGCACGAUGAGCUGUGAGGCACUGGAGCGGCCAGGACUGAGGGAUCACCCCCAGGAGGGGAAAAGGUGGCGAUGCCUUUUAUAUUCUGUUUUUACUGAAAUGAACUGAAAAAAAAAAAGAAACCAAAAGUA